CUUUUUCGCUUUCUUCAACUCCUCUCACAAGACCUACUGCUGAAGAAACUAAAACCAUAGUCCACUGCAGGCUCGGCUCUCGAUUCCCCCAAAAUCCACCUCUUCCUUUCGUGAAUCAAAGAUUCUCAAAGAUGACUCAAGAUGUGGAGAUGAAAGAGCAACCAGCUCCGUCUAAUUCCGUUCCUUCCUCUUCUCCAUCCACUUUGCACCAUUUGAAGGAAAUUGCGUCUCUGAUUGAGACCGGUGCUUAUGACCGUGAAGCUCGCCGUAUUUUGAGGGCUAUACGACUUACAAUGGCUUUAAGACGGAAGUUGAAGGCAUCCGUGCUUUCCUCUUUCCUUAGUUUCGCUCUUACCCCUGGAUCCGAGGCCUUCACUCGUCUUUCUUCUUAUCUUCCUAAGGAAGAUGAGAAUGAGAUGGAAGUCGACACUGCAACCUCCACAGCUCAACCUCCUGCUAAGCAUUCCUUGCCAGAGCUAGAAAUCUACUGCUAUUUGCUUGUCCUGAUAUUUUUGAUUGAUCAAAAGAAAUAUGAUGAGGCAAAGGCAUGUUCCUCUGCAAGCAUUGCUCGGCUGAAGAAUUUGAACAGGAGGACUCUCGAUGUUCUAGCUGCUAGGCUGUACUUAUAUUACUCUCUUUGCUAUGAACUCACUGGUACUCUUUCUGAAAUUAGGAGUAACCUUCUAGCCCUGCACCGGAUUGCAACAUUGCGCCAUGACGAGCUGGGUCAGGAGACUCUUCUUAACCUCCUACUUCGCAAUUACCUCCAUUACAAUUUGUAUGACCAAGCUGAGAAACUGAGAUCAAAGGCACCUAGAUUUGAAGCUCACUCAAACCAACAGUUUUGCCGCUACCUCUUUUACUUGGGGAAGAUUAGGACAAUUCAAUUGGAGUACACAGAUGCCAAAGAAUGUCUCCUCCAAGCUGCUAGGAAAGCUCCUGUUGCAGCCCUUGGUUUUCGGGUUCAAUGCAACAAGUGGGCAAUCAUUGUUCGAUUACUGCUGGGAGAAAUCCCCGAGAGGACUGUUUUUAUGCAGAAAGGCAUGGAGAAAGCAUUGAGGCCAUACUUUGAACUGACAAAUGCUGUCCGCAUUGGUGAUUUGGAGCUUUUCAGAUCUGUUGCUGAGAAGUUCUCAACUACUUUCAGUUCAGACCGGACCCAUAACUUGAUUGUUAGGCUGCGGCAUAAUGUCAUUCGGACUGGGCUACGCAACAUAAGUAUCUCAUAUUCUCGCAUCGCACUGGCUGAUGUUGCGAAGAAGCUUAGAUUGGACUCUGUUGCUGAUGCUGAGAGCAUAGUAGCCAAGGCAAUCAGAGAUGGAGCUAUCGAUGCGACAUUGGAUCAUUCAAAUGGAUGUAUGCUGUCCAAGGAGACGGGUGACAUCUACUCUACAACUGAGCCUCAAACGGCAUUCAACUCUAGGAUUGCUUUCUGCCUCAAUAUGCAUAACGAGGCUGUGCGUGCACUUCGGUUCCCACCAAACUCCCACAAGGAGAAAGAAAGUGCUGAGAAGAGGAGAGAAAGACAACAACAGGAGCAAGAGCUUGCAAAGCACAUUGCAGAGGAAGAUGACGACGAAUUUUAGAGAUUGACAUUCGAAAAGUUACUUUAUCCACCAUAUGAUGGUUUGAUCAAGUUGUGCAUUUUCCUUUUUAAAGUGCCCUAGUAGUACUAGAAACGCUUUUGGUUUUAUUUUCGCAAUAGCUACUAUUUCCAUUGAUAACAUUGCUUUACAGUCCUACACCAUGGAGUUGCACUUUAUUUGUAUUUUUAUUUUCCUCCCUUGAUUUCAAGUUUUAUUCCUUGAACAA